GGUACAGUUGAGCAACAGUCGACUGCAGGAUGAGAGCUGCGGGUUUGAUUCUGCUUGGCCUAGCGGCGAUGGCCGCGGCCGGCACCGUCACUGAUAUCGACAGAAAUACCGAUAUGACGACGAUGGACAUAAAGACGAAGCAAAUGUGGAUCCUGAAGCUGCUGAACAACAUCAUGCAGCCCUGCAUGUACAAGGAAAUCGUCGACAUCGGCAAGAACUUCAAAAUCGAGGACUGUACCGACUGUUACGUGAAAACCGAGGUCGUGAAGAAAUUCAUCGACUGCAUGAAGGUUGGCAUGUUGCCUCGCGGUGAGAUCUUCACUCUCCACGUCGACCGCCAGAUGAAGGAGGUUGUCAAAGCUUUCCAUCUCCUUUAUUUCGCAAAGGACUUCACCACCUUCCUCAAGACUGCCUGCUGGAUGCGUCUCUACCUGAACGAGGGCAUGUUUGUCUACGCGCUCACUGUGGCCUGUCGCCACCGCGAGGACUGCCGCGGCAUCAUCCUGCCUCCUCCAUACGAAAUCUACCCGUACUACUUCGUCCGUGCUGAUGUCAUCCAGAAGGCCUACAAGCUCAAGAUGAAGAGGGGACUUCUCGACCCCAAGCUCUGCGAGUUCUACGGUAUCAAGAAGACCGACAAAGAUGUCUAUGUGAUCGAUGAGAACAUUUAUGACAAACGAGUUUACCUGAACUACGACGACAAGCUCCGCUACUUCACGGAAGACAUUGACCUAAACACCUACUAUUACUACUUCCAUGCUGACUAUCCGUUCUGGAUGAGGGAUGACAUCUUCAGGAACGAUUUCACCAAAAUAAGGCGUGGAGAAAUCUGUUUAUACAUGAUGCAGCAACUGCUUGCCAGGCAUUACCUUGAACGUCUUUCCAACGGUUUGGGCGAGAUUACUACCCUGUCCUGGAACAAACCCAUCAAGAAGGGAUUCGUGCCCUGGAUGACCCUGCACAACGGUGUUCAGAUCCCCAUGAGGUGGAACAACCACGUCAUUGUUCGCGAUGACAACGUUGACAUUAUCACUUUGGUUGAAACCUGUGAAAAGAUUAUCAAGGAGGCCAUUUUCAAGGGCUACAUUGAGAUUAACGGCAUAAGACUAGAGCUCAACAAACCUGAGGAUGUUGAACAUCUCGGCAGACUUAUCUUUGGAAAGCUUGAGAAGACUGACCUUGACAAGACACGCUACGACGCUUACCGCUACUUGCUUAUCAUCAUGAAAUCCGUUAUUGGACUUAACACCUUCAAAUCUGACAAAUACUUCGUCAUGCCGACACUGCUGGACAGCUACCAGACUGCCCUGCGUGACCCUGUAUUCUGGCGUCUUCAGAAGAGGAUUGUUGACUUCUUGAUCUUAUUCAAGAGGCGCCUGCCUUGCUACACCAGGGAAGAGCUCCACUUCCCCGGAGUCAAGAUCGACAACAUUGUGGUUGACAAACUUGUCACUUACUUCGACGAAUACAUGAUGGACAUGACCAACGCUGUUAUGCUUUCUGACGAGGAACUGAAGAAGACCAAGACUGACAUGAAAUUCCUAGUACGCAAACGCCGCCUUAACCACCAGCCUUUCAAGGUAACAUUCGAAGUUUUGUCUGACAAGACGACAGACUGCGUAGUCAGGAUCUUCCUCGGACCUAAGAAGGAUGUCUACGGACGUUUGAUUGACAUCAACAGGAACCGCCUGAACUUUGUCGAGCUGGACACAUUCGUUUACAAACUAAACACAGGCAAGAAUGUAAUUGUCAGAGAUUCCAUGGACAUGCAUAACUUGGUGCGCGACCGCGUCUUCACUCACGACUGGUGGAAGAAGCUCGAUACCGUUGGAGACAUUCAUCAAUUGUACAUCAGAGACCUGAAGAACUACAACACUGGCUUCCCCACUAGGCUGCUCCUACCUAAGGGUCACGUCGGUGGCAUGGAAUUCAUGCUCUACUGCAUUGUUUCUCCCCUGCGUAUUGUCGAGAACGUUGACCAGACCCUCAUCAGAGACACGACCCGUAAGGACUUCCUCGUUCAGUACAGGUCUACUGUGCUUCUGGACAAGAUGGCUCUCGGCUACCCACUUGACCGUCACAUUGACGUCGCCAGGUUCUUCACCCCCAACAUGAAGAUUGUCGAGGUCAAGAUCUUCCACAAGAAGAUGGUCUGUGACAUGAAGACUCGCUGGGAGAAGUAUGUGUUGAAGAACUACAACUACAACUUCUUCGACAAGAUGCACAUGGACGUGGACCACACCUACUCUGACUUCGUCGAGGUUGACACAGACAUCAACCGCAGCGACCGCAUCCGUGACGACAGUAUGGAAAGACUGUAAACCAAGCUACACAAACCAAAGCAAUUCAACUCAAAUACUUUAAUGGCUUGACCACCUAACGAUUCUCAAAUACCAGUAAAGCAUUAAAAAAAUAAAAAUAUGUCACAGUUCAUACUGCUAACAAAACUAUUUAUUCUAGGAAUAACUGUAUUAUAAACCUAUUUAAAUACAACAUCAAUGUAUUGUGAUAUAUUUUAAUAAAAAUAUAUAUGAAAGAA